AUGGAGGCCUCAAACCCCCGUGGUGGUGGCCUACCGAGCGCGUCGAGGUGGAUGCCCCUGAGCGGGAUACCACCACCACCAACACCAACACCGAUAUAUCGAGGGGCCCCUAGGUCCCUAGAGAUGCCUGCAGAUCUGGAGCAGGAUCUAAGCAAUAGCGAAUCUAGCAGAGCCCCAAGCAGGGCCAGUUAUAGGAGUAGCAGGAGCACACGAAGCGCCCAAAGCAUUCGAAAACGAGGCGGAAGAGACCAGAUACAGCUGGGUCCCAGCCGAAAUUCAGGUCAAGCCCUGCGCAAGCAAUGCCAGGCUCCAGUAGAAUCACUAGAGGACCAAGAGCUCGAACAUCAGUUAGAGCUAGAGGAGAUACAGGCCUAUAUCAAUCAGGCAAUAGAGGCUCAGAUAGCUCAGCAACGAGCCAGCAAAUUACCAUAUGAGGCCCGAAUCAAGGCCUUAGAGGAGACAGUUCAACAGCUUCAACAGGCCCAAGCAACUCAGGUAGCUCCCCCUACAGCUCCAAAGCUUCCAGCAGCGCGAAAAGCACCCCAAACAGCACUAACUCAGGCUCCCCAGGGGCCCCGACAUCCCCAAGGCCAACAGGCAGAGUUUUCUGCGUAG